AUGGAAGCAGCGGCGAAAAAGGUCCAACUGCUGGCCCAGCGCAUCCUGCCUGAUCGACCGCAUUCACUGUCCAUGAACCCCGACCAGCGCUUUCGAGUUCCUCCCGAUCACAGCAAGACCUUUGAAGAGUUCAAGUAUCCGGCUCUGCAGUACAUGACGCUGUUAUCCGACGCGGAUCGCGGAAUGCUACUCACUCGCGCGUAUCAUGAUAUGCGCGAAGAACCACCGAUCCCACCAGCCGUCAAAGAUUCGAACGCGAAGAUGGAAAGAAAGAACGUGACUAAGCUGUCACUGAGUGAUUAUAAGAACAAACAGAAGAAGGUAUCGGAUUCUCCUCCCGAUUCCGGAUCGACGCCGAAAACCGACGCCUCGCGAAAGGAGAGGAACGUGGUAGAGAGUCGGAUUGAUCGCGAGCCCAAGAAGCCGGACGCAUACAGAAAUCGGGAGCUGGAUGCAUCAAGGGACAUCAAGGCGCAUAAGGCGCGCGACGGCGCCCACGAUGAAAGAACGAGCAGACCCGACGCAAGAUCCCGGGCAGCACAGGAUAGCAAUGAUACCCCAGAGAAGAGGAAAAGAAUCGCGGAUGUGGACGGCGAAUUGCGACCUCAGAAACGAGCGAAACCUGAAGCGAGCACACCGCUCGACGAGCGAUCGCGGACGCCUCGAGACGAUACGCCGAGAAGGAAAGAGAUACACCCAUCACAAGACAGGACGCCACAGAAGGACGGAAAGUUGGGCACAAACUCAUCUUCAUUACCAAACGGGCGAUCUGCUUUAAAAACAGCCUUUGGCUCAGGCGCGAACAAGUCUCCCAUAUCCCGUGCGCGAGGAGACUCAAUCAAUGGCAACAAACCCAGCCCCUCUUCGAGCGGUCGGGCAAGAGCUGAUACGGCGUCUUCGAGGUCAGCAGUUCCGCCGUUACUAUCUCCACUACACCUACCGAACGAAUCCGAUUCUCGAUCGAAAGAGAAGAGACGAGACGAUCCUCCCGAGCACAAUAGGCCGCAGAAAUUCUCACGAGCAGAACCACCUCCGCCUAUUAAGAGACCGAAAUCUCCCUUGAAACUUCCGGAGCUACUUUCCCCGACUCUUCCCCCAUUGCUUGAGGAGGAAUUGGCCCGGAUGAAGAACACACCGACGAAAGGCUCCGACGCAAGCCAAAGAACACAACCUCCCGAUUCUCCUACAAACGGCAAGAGACCACACGUGGUAGUCAAAGAGGAGGAGGACGACCGAAAGGAGAUCAGAGGGAAGGAAAAGCCGAAGGAAAAGCCUCGCAGGUUUAUGGUGACACUGAAGUACAGCAAAAAGUACACCAAGUCGGUGCAGAGGCUACUAGCCCUGGGACCCCCAAGGAAAGACAUCAAGAAGGAGCGGUCAGUGAGCAUAGAGCCUCCGCCGCCGCAGGCACGGAAGCGGCCGAUUACCAGCACCGAGAAUGUUGGCGAUUCAAUAGCGGUGAAGCGACCUCGGACGUCGGAAAUAACGAGCUCCAAGCUGAACGCGCCAUCGACACCAUCGAAAGGGGGUGCUACAUCGAUGUCGAGGGUAGCGUCAAGCAACUCGGUCAACACCCCUGGAGAUGGUCACAGCUUGACUCCCGCGCCGCCAUCAUCAGACCGAGACCGGCCGCAGACCAGAGACGAUAGCAGAGAAGCGGCGAAUCCUCACAGGGUCCAGGCGCUCCGCGACCGCUGGAACCGUUUUAGCAGACUCGGCACCAAGCUGAAGCAUGAGCGCGACAUAUUGCUAGAGCGAAAGCACGGGGACCGCGGCGCUCCCGUGUCGGACUCUGACAUCAAGCUCAGCAUGAUGCUCGGAUUGGAGACGGCGAUGGCGUUCAUGGUCAGCUUCAGAGCGUUGUUCGAGUCAAGGCGGAUAGAAAACAAGGCACAAGAUCCUAAGCAGUGGAGUAGCAUUCUACCGCUUCUGAAUGUCAUGCGCAACGAUGUACGAAAGAGCAAGCCUUUGGAAGCACUGUUUUGGCAGAUGCAAGGCGUGAUCCACGAGGAGCUCAUCAAGUGCUACUGGUCUCUUGACCCGGCGACGCACGCGUUACACAUUAUUGGCGCAGAAAGAGGUCGAUCAAAUGUAUGGAAAUCGGCAUACGACUCGGCGGAGCGUGUUGAAGCCUCGGCUAUGCGCACCAACAUGGGCCCGUGGACGAGUGUGGAGGAAGCUGUAUCAUCGGCUCUCAAGAUUAUGCGGCGCUGGGCGCAGGAGGAGGGCGUCUCGUGGCGCGCCGAGGUCACGGUAUCAGCCGCCAACGGAACGUUGUCAUAG